AUGUCUGAUUCUGCCUCGAUUGCAUCAACCCUGGCUCAAAAAAAGUGGUUCGGCUUCGACCUCGAUGACACCUUGCACGAAUUCCGCAAGGCCUCCGCGCAAGCUUCACAGAGCGUUUUCGAAGUAAUUCACUCUCAUACCGACGUCAACAUCGAAUCUCUCCAAUCAAGCUACAGAGAUAUUCUGCAAAGCGCAACAGCAGAUGCCUUUACCGACGGACGUACUUCCACGGAUUACCGCCGCGACAGAUUUACCCGUCUGCUGCAAGCUCACGGAAUCAAUGAGCUUGGUCAAGAGGAUCAUUACAUAGCGCAUCUAUUGGGUGUCUACAAGUCCUCUCUGCGCUCUAGCUUAACGCUCAAAGUGGACGCCCUUUCUUUCCUCCAGGCUCUGAAGCAGAAGGGUAAGAAGAUCAUCGUGGUGACCGAGGGUCCUACUGAUGCCCAGGAAUGGACGAUUCGGGAAUUAGGAUUGGAGCCCUACGUUGAUGUUUUGGUUACUACGAAUGAGGCAGGUUGUUCGAAAGUGGAUGGGCUGUUUGGCGUGAUGCUUCACAAGUUUGAAAUUCACCCGGAGGAUCUCAUUUACUUCGGGGACAAUACAAUUCGUGAUAUACAAGCAUCACAGAAAGAGGGGAUUCUUGCCGUACUUUAUGAUGAAGAGCAAGAAAGCCAGCUCGUUGACUUUCACGCCUUGCGUAUUAAUUCGUGGGAAGCCCUGAAAGUUAUACUCGAUCAGGAAUAA